AUGUUCCUCACUACCCUCCUCUCCCUCGCUAUCGCUUCGCUGGUCGUUGCCAAGCCCAUGGCUCAGCAGCCUUUCCGUGUCUCCACACCAACCGAGCUUGCCCAGUGUGCCCCUGCGCAAUUCACAUGGACAGCCACUGUCGCUCCCUACUACCUCACCAUCCACUUCGCCGACGACAACGCGCUCUUCACACCUGAAGAAGACCCCAUCAUCGUCCGCUCCUCCAAUACCGCUGCGUGGAUCAUCGACUACCCCGAGGGAACCCACCUUAGGGUACACGUCCGGGACGCGACGGGCGAGGUGGCUGCUUCGGAGAGUAUGGUCACGUUGAAGGCGUUGAAGGGACACGGACUUUAG